UCCGGCUGGAAGGAUUAGAAACCAAAGACCCAAGUUUGAGGAAUGGAUCAGCAGCAAACUGUGCGACUGUAAUAUCUGACACCUGAUGUACACCACAAUGGCACAUGUAAACUGUUUAACUGAACAGCGAGGCUGUCAUCUGGACACACACAGAUAUGGGGUCUGCUGAACUCUUGGUUUUUGGGCCACGCAGCUGCUGCCAUCGACGUUGAACCAAAGGUCCUGUUUAGGAGAAAUGACGGAUGAGAGAAUGAUUAACCCGGCUGGCAGUCAGGAUGAGUGUCACCCUCAGAGCUGUCAUUGUCAGAGUCAGAGUAUGUGAGACAGGUGAAGGUCUGCGUGAAAGACUUAAACAGAGACAGCAGAGCAUCUGACAAGAACAGAGAUGAGAGACGGUGACAUAGAGACAAUGAGCAGGAGCAGCGUCUGUGGUCCUGCUUUGUUGUUGUGUUGAGACGCCAGCCUGCAACAGGCAGUAAAUCAAACUCAUAGGACUGUAUUUUGUCUUCAAUUGCAUUUGUUUUAAGAGCAUUUUUUUGGCCAAUCCAGCCAGCAGAGUCAUUUAAAAGUACAGCAGUUGCUAUGUCAAGGUCUGAGGCAGCAGACAGAGUUUAAUACAGCAAAGGAAAAGAAAAACAUUUUCUCUAGUGGAGAAGCAGAAGCACGUUCAACAGAAAUACCAGAACUGAAUCUGCAGAGACCGCAGGCUGUGCCAUAUCUUCAUCCUCUACCUCCUCUCCUUCCUCAUCCUCCUCUCCAGCUGCAACUUUGACUCCUGCAGCAAAAGGGAACAUAAUCAAAUCUUCGACUAGCCCAGCGUCCUGGUUACCUGCAGCAAUCUCAGUUGUGGCCAUGGCGUCAGCAGCUCUGGAGCUGAUGGGCUUCUUCAUGGGUCUGGCGGGGAUGCUGGGUACACUGGUUGCCACUGUGCUGCCAUACUGGCAGAUUUCCGCGCACAUCGGAUCCAACAUCGUCACUGCCGUGCUCAACAUGAGGGGCCUGUGGAUGGAGUGCGUCUACCAGAGCACGGGCGCCUUCCAGUGCGAGACCUACAACUCAAUGCUGGCUCUCCCCGCUGACAUGCAGGCCUCUCGAGCCCUCAUGGUCAUCUCCCUGGUGUUGUCGAUCUUUGCCAUUUUCCUGGCGGUCCUGGGGAUGCAGUGCACCGUUUGCCUGGAUGGCACGGGUACGGUUAAGAGUCGUGUUGCAGGCGCAGGUGGGGGUAUGUUUCUCACCGCGGGCUUCCUGUCUCUCAUACCCGUGUCGUGGACCACGCACGAGGUGGUGCAAACCUUCUACCGGCCAAACAUACCCGCCAGCAUGAAGUUUGAGCUGGGGGAGUGUUUGUACGUCGGUCUGGCCUCCGCGCUCGUCUCCAUGCUGGGGGGAAUUAUGCUUUGCGUGUCGUGCUGCGAGGGGGAGGAUGGCGGCCGCGGGAGACGCCUCGGCGGAGGAUAUCCUUAUCCCGCAGUGGUCGCCAUGACCGGCCCAGGGACGCGGACAACCUCACAGACCUACCGGAACCCCAUCCAGCAAGCGCGGGGCGUCCACACAGCUAGCAAGGGGCAGACUCUGAUCCGCAGCACCAGCGGCAGCUCACACUCAAGCGAGCAUGGUCCACAAGGAACCAAGAAGCCCACUGCUGCGGGAUAUGACAUCACAGGAUACGUCUGAGGUUACUGUCACUCCAUCGCUUUUUAAAUACAGCUACCGACAAGUACAACUAAAAGUACAUCUGCUAUAUAUUUACGAAAUUUCGUGUUGAUUGUUCUGAAGUCUGUGGUGGGACCUAUUUAAGAAUGAAAAUGAAAAAAAAAUAAUGAUAAUGAAAACUAUUAAAGAUAUCUGUCAGUGCUAGGGGUUGCGCAACAAGAUUUCUUUUAAGCUCGACUGUUAUGUGCUGAAAGUCAAGUCAACACUGACUGACGACUUUACUAAUAACACUAUAGAAAGUGAUGCUUUGCAACAAUGAAAUCUGUACCUGAAUACGUAUGCUGAGAAUAGACAGCUCAUGUGCUACAUGUAUGUAUAGUCUGUAUAAAAACAGGCAGCAACUCGGCACCAUCAAUAGCAUUUAAUAGUACAGCGUAGCAUGUUGUUAGAUGGGAUAGCGUAGCUGGGUGUUAAGACUCCUUAGAUGGUAAAGUGGAAGGAGACAUAAACACAACAAUCAAAAGAAGAUGGAGUCAGAGUCAGUGUGAGCAGAAAGAAAAAUGUUUUUUAUCGUCCAGCAGAAUACUACAAACACAAGAACACAAUUGUGGAGGAGUGUGGGACAAAGUGGUUGUGUCAAAUAAGCUGAAGUCUAAUCUGAGGUUGAACUCGAAACAAAACACAAACAAAAACCUGACUCUUAUCUACGAAAAGUGGACCUUAACCAAAAAUAAAUGCAAAGGUGGCACCAACCCUACUGUUUUUAGACAGAGACGUGCUACGAGAAUGAAAAAAAAAGAAGAAGAAAAAAAUGUACAGGGUACCCCAAACUCACAUAUCCUCACAACCUCACUCCACAAACCUUAAAUUUGCAUGCACGGCCCUUUAUACGGAGCUUUGGAUGAUUGGCGAGCUUCACUCCACAGGUGCAGGUCAAGUUUAAAAAAAAGAAAGAAAGAAAAAAAAAAGCCGUAUUUCUCUGAAGCCUUCUUCCACGUACUGCAACUAAAUAUCUUUGACAAUGAAAUUCAAUCAGUGACUAGUCAGCAUGAUGCCUAAAGUGUCAUGUCAAAUCAGUGAAAUGGACUAGUUUCUACAACCCCUAGUCUGUAUGUGUGUUUAAUCUCUUCAAACAUCAAGGACGUCACAUGUGUCACUCAUUGAGCCGAUAUGAUAUUUGAUAAUCAGCCCACGAAUGAACAUACAAGUCACACAAAUGUCUAUAUCGCCAAACCUCCUCCUUAACCCGACAGAUUAUGUAUUGAUCCAAAACAAUCAGUUUGUAAAUUGCGUUGAUGGGGAAGCAGAUGGAAAUACUAAAGCUGAAUCACGCUACUACCAAGUACUCCGUGACCCCUCUAGGGGCCCCCUCUUCUAUCUACUCCGUGGGACCCCUGAAAAUCCUAGGAUCACCACUGGUCUCAUGAAUUAAAAUCAAUUAAAACCACAGACAAGCAAAAAUGUGUUGAGAAUAACUGAAAACUCUCAGUUUUAUCUUUGAUAUCCUCACAAUGAUAAAGUGGACAAGCUAAUAAUUGAAAUGACUCUUUACACCAAUCGGUUCUUAGAAAUAUUAUACAGGAUCAUUUGUUUAUGUUCUUGACCUAAUUUGAUGCAUCGUCAAUAGAAAGAACAUGGACAGCCACAGUUUGCGCGUUGGAGUCUGUUGACAGAGUUACGUGAUGCGCCCCUAGACUGUGGAGUAACCGAAUCAAAGCAUAAUGGACGGAUACACUUCAGCAGCAAACUAUCAUUGUGCCUUAACAUCGUAGUGUGAAUUUGUCUGCAGGCUGCACAGUGAAACCUGAGCUCUGUAACCUCUACACUCAAACGCAAAAGCUUUUCACUCUCAUUCGUCAAUGUGCACCUGAAGUUAAAUGCGGAUUCAAAUGAAAAUUGUGGGUAGUUUUUGUAUUUGAAAAUAAAAACAAACUUUUUUUUCUA